UUGCUCUCACUUCUCACCCCCUACGUGUCUCUUCUCUUUUGGCUUUGUUGUCAUUCUUAUGUUACUUCCCUUCCUAUUUAACCCUUUCUUCUUUAUAUCUCUUCAUAUAUAUCUUCACACUAUCACUAUUUCCCCCAAAAACCACCAACAAACAAACAAACAAAAUGGAAACCCAAAACCUUAAGCAAAGGAGUACUAGAGAUGAACCCAACGCCAACGCCACCGCCGCCGCCGCCGCGUACGACACCCCCGAAAGAGAUACCGCCAACGACGAAAGCGAUAAAGGGGCUGGGCAGACAAGGCAGAAGAGGAGGAUUAUGGCAAAACGCGGCCUUAAAUCCUUGAGUGUAGCACUAUCAAUUCCUGUGAUCAUCACCCUUACCAACAUCUACAUGUUUGGUUCAAAUGACACCUACAAGUUGUCCAACAGACCCAAUUGGGUACCUCCAAUAUGGGCUUUGCAUAUGGCUUGUUUGGGCUCAGCCUCCCUAUUGGGUCUCUGCGGAUGGAUUGUUUGGGCUGAGGGUGAGUUCCAUAAGAACCCGAAUACUGUGGGCUUAUAUCUGGGCCAAUUCGGGUUGAGCCUCCUUUGGGACCCGCUGAUGUUCAAGAUGGGUGCGAAUUGGGCUGGUCUGUUGGUUGCACUCGGAAUGUGUUAUGCUCUGUUUCGGUGUUACAGGGUGUUCAAACGGGUGAACGACAUCGCCGCCGACUUAGUUUUGCCUUGUUUGGGUUGGGCUGCCCUUCUUGCUUUUGUUAGUCUCAAGCUUUUGCUGACAUAAAUUUGUCGAUGGGAUAUGAUCAUAUGACUAUAAGAACAUGAUGUUGAAUACUCCUAGGCCUGUAAAUAAGGGUCUCUGUUUUUACUUUCUUUUCCCCUUUGUAAUAAUCAACCAAGUGUUAUGUGCUAAUGUCUAGCAUGUUUGUUUGUAUUAAUAUGAUUUUCAAGUUUGAUACAAA